UAAUUGUUCAUUGUAAAUUAAACAAAUAACUCUAUGAAUUGACCGUUUAAAAUGUGUACGCUCUUCAAUCUACAUAAAAAAAAUAUAUAAGUAAAAAUCCAAAGAAACUUAACAGGCUUAAUUGUUGUGGGAGUAUAGGCUAAGAGUGAUAACUUCUAUAAAAUUGUCUUAUAGAUAAUGGCAUCUUUCUUGUAUUUUUGUAGUUGCUGUUUCAACAGUAGUCCCAUUUGCGCUGGAAAUCUGUAAUACUCCACAGAAUAGAUAUGAUCCAAACACUCAGGUCUGCUGCAACAAUACAAUCAUCAGAAAACAGAAGUCCGAGUCAUGUUGCCAGGGAGCAGGUAUAUCUUGAACUAUAAUCAAUGUUUUGUCAAUGUUUUCUUCAAAUACGUAUCAUGCAUUAAGCAUUUGCACUAAUAAAUUGUAGCUGAAAUGUAUGACGAAAGUUCCCAGAUCUGCUGUGGAGAGAGGAUUCUCGAAAAAUGGAGCAAUGGUAUGGAAAGAAGAUGCUGCGGCAGUCGUCUUAUUAAUGUUACCCAAAACAUAGAUUGUUGUGGUGAAGAAGAAAUGAACAUGACCACCCAUUUCUGUUGUAUAAAUCAAACGUCCCUAAAAUCUGACAGUAUGGACUGUUGUUUUGCUGAGCCUUAUAAUAAAACCACUCACCACUGUGUAGAUGAUGAGGUAUUACCUGUAAACAACAAUAAAUGUGGUGCUGUUAUAUACGACACAAAGUCCUCUAUGAAGUGUUGUAAUGAGAAACUCCACAACACAUCAGCAUUCAAUGUCUCAACUGAAUGCUGUGGGACGGAGCUUUACUCGAUACAACAUCAAAAAUGCUGCAAAGGGCCCUGGCUUCCAAUUCCUAAAGAAAAUGAGUGUUGCGGACAAGGUUCCAUAAAUAUCGCCACUCACAUCUGCUGCGCUGGGGAGGGGCAUCUGCGAUCCUCGACACAAACAGCCUGCUGCGGGAAGACGACGUUUGAUAAAACCUUACAGGGUUGUUGUGGUAUUGAUGUCUACAAUAAAACGAAGGAGAAAUGUUUUGAUGAAAAAAUCCAAGCAAUUCUUGAACAUCCUUAUGAUGGAACCGAUGCAACGUCUUUACAUCUGAACCCAGCAUACGGAAUCUGUCAAAUAUGUAACAGGAACAUAUCCUCCUUUCUGGGCCUUAUUAGGUCGGAAGACGUCUCAGUUUGCAACAAGAAAGUUUUCAAGAUAUACAUUACAACAAGCACAGAAAAUGAAUUAUAUAGGAUUUUAAAUGUUGAAGUUAAAGACAUGGAAAACAAAACUGAAAAGCACGAAAAAACUGAGCUAAAGGUAUUGGUACCGUGUAAGUGUAAAAGACUGGAUUCCAAAUUACAAGAGUACAUACUUUUAACCCACGGUACGAUCACUGUUGGGAGACUAUUGCGGUUGGGAGAUACCGACUUUUUAUUGCCAUUUAAAAAAGAUACAUACAAGAUAAUAGAGAGAAAACAAAAUAAAUGUAACGAGAAAAACCGACAAAAAUUUGUCGAUGAGAUGAGAAAGAGAAUGAAAAAGAUGGCAAAUAAAUUGUUAAGUGAACUUUUGCGUCUAAACAUUCAUUAGCAAGCUAAAUCUACUUGACUUUUUUGCCUGUUUGUUUUUGUUUUGAUUGUUUUGUAUUCGUUAAUUAUCAUUGUUGUAAAUGAUGGGCAGAAUGGCGUAUUUUGCCCAAUUUCUCAUUUUGAUUGGUAUGAACUCACUGUAUGUUUACAUCCAUUGCGCUUUCGGGUCUCGGGACCAGGAUUAUUAAUCCCGAGCCGUCUUACUGCAUGUGCUUGCUACUACAGUAUUUUUAAUUUUUUGUUAUAUUUUUUUAUAUACUUUUUAUUUUUAUAUGCAUGCACACCUUUUUUAAAAUUAUUGUCUCAGGUUAAUAUUUUUCCGUUGUUAAUUUACGUAAGUAACCAAUAGCAUGUGUAAAUGAUUACUUAUAUUGUAUUGCUUAACUACUGAAUUUGUUUUG